AUGUCCUCACACUCUCUCCUCGCCGCUCUCUCAACCCUCAGCCUCUUCCAAUCCGCCUUCGCAAAUCCCACAAUCUCAUUCCCGUUCAACGCACAGCUCCCGCCCGUCGCCCGACCGAACCAUGCCUUCUCCUACUCCUUCUCGCCAAACACUUUCCGAUCCGACUCCAACAACAUGACUUACGCCCUUGGAGACCAUCCCAGCUGGCUAUCACUAGAAAGCGAGAGCAGAAGACUCUACGGGACGCCUAAAGAAGAGGAUAUCCCCGCGGGGGAGGUCGUAGGACAGGAGUUUGGGCUCGUUGCUACGGAUGAUGUUGGGUCGACAACGAUGAAUGCCACACUUGUCAUUACAAGGAGAUCACCGCCAUCAAUACAUAUCCCCAUAUCGCAGCAGAUGGACAACUUUGGACACUUCUCAGCGCCAUCUUCCAUUCUGUCAUAUCCGUCGACAGAGUUCCAGUAUACCUUUGAUCCGGAUACAUUUGGCAAAGGCAAGGGCUUGAACUACUACGCUUCUUCAAACGACAGCACGCCUCUGCCAGCAUGGAUCAGGUUCAACGACAAGACAUUGACCUUCUCUGGGCGGACGCCCGCCUUUGAGUCGUUGGUCCAGCCCCCGCAGAAGUUCGACUUCAGCCUCGUCGCGUCGGACAUUGUCGGCUUCUCAGGCACAGCGCUGUCCUUUGCGAUUGUGGUGGGAAGCCACAAACUCACGACAGACGACCCAAUCAUCCUCCUCAACGCUACAAGAGGCGCAAAGGCCAGCUACGAUGGUCUGGCAAAGGGCAUCCAGCUGGACAAAGAAGUCAUUCGACCCGGUUCCCUCGACGUGUCGGCAGAUGACAUGCCGUCAUGGCUGACGCUCGAUCCUGCAACUCUGCGUCUGGAGGGAACUCCGCGAGAUAAUGACCAUUCGGCAAACUUCACAGUCGUCAUUCGAGACUCCUUUGCCGAUGCCUUGAGUGUCCUUGUCCAAGUCGACGUGGCCACGGGCCUGUUCCAGUCAGACCUCGAAGACAUCCAGAUAGAGCCCGGCAAAGAUUUCGACCUGGACCUCUCCACAUACUUCCGCGAUCCAAGCGACAUCGAGCUCAAAGUUAAUACCGAUCCCGAGGUCGGCUGGCUACACGUCGAUGGGCCUAGAGUGUCGGGUACCGCCCCGAAGGCGGCAAAGGGCAAGUUCAACAUGUCCAUCAAGGCCGUGUCCAAGAGCACCGGCCUCACACAGACACAGAAGUUCCGUGCUGAGUUUGUCCCUCCAGACGAGGCGAUCAGCACGGCAUCAUCUCCCGGUUCGAAGCCUCCCAGUCCAGCCAGCGCAAAGUCCGAAGACUCCCGCCGCCACCGCCUCGGUACAACUGACGUUCUGCUUGCAACCAUCCUGCCAGUUCUGUUCCUGACGUUCGCCAUCAUGUUGCUUAUCUGCGUCAUGCGCAGGCGACGGCGGCACCGACAAACCUACAUCUCAGCAAGCAAACAUCGGCCCAAGAUAUCUGAUCCGAUACGGUUCACCCUCCGCAAUGACGAGUCAGACGCUGAAACAAUUUUCCAAUUGGAGAAUACUGUUCGUUCAAAGGCGUCUAACGCGCGACUGAUCCGGAAGGGCGACGGGUUCUUUACUGAGGUGGCGUCACGCGUAUCAUCAAGGUCAAAGGCAUCAGGCACCUUACGUGACGACUCCGUCCUGCGCGCUCCGCCACGUCCACUGGCCGCGGGCGCUCGUUCAGGGACGCCCAGGAGCGUCAGCCCCCUGACAGACGAUGGGGAUCACGGCUCGUGGUUCACUGUGGAGAGGGCGACCACUAGCGAAAAGAGCCACAAAUCAUCAGGGAGCAACCAGUCGGACACGACCCUGCCUGAAGUCGCCCAGCCAUAUCUGCCUACAUCCGGCUUCCUUUCAGAAGCAGGGGAGAGUGCGUUCAGAAGCGGGUUAGACCUCACCCUGCCUUCGCUGGACGACCUGGCCAACCUGCAACCGAUGCCCCUAGCAAUCACCAAGCCAUCGACACAAUCAGAUGGCUCUGGGGCGUUUUCAGCUACCACGUCGAGCUCUGCCGCGCUGCCAUCCAGCCUCCACCUGAUCCACGAGCCAUUCAGUCCGAGUCUCGUCAGUCGGGCGCUGGAACCAGCCAAGGAGCCUCUACAAGGGAAGCAGGCAGAGAGUCAAGCAGCAGAUAAAUCGACAGAGCUGCAGCAGCCAGAGCAGGCGCGUCUCCCGAGCGAACAAUGGCUCAGCCGGGGAGGCUCCUCCUGGUUAGAAGCAGGGUCCGCCAAGGGGGCCAAGAGCUUCCGCACCGAGCCGUCGUUUGGAUCCAGCGAGAACUGGCGCGUCGCCCCGGGACGGCGAGAUCCAAGCGUAGCCUACCUGGAGCUCGUGGACGAGACGCCCUUCCUGCCGUCGAGGACGGCGUCGAGGAUCACCCUGGGGCAGCUGGAGGAGCGACGCAGCCUCGAGCUCAUGUCGCCCAGCAAGUGGGGCGAGGACGAGCGGAAGAGCACGAUCCGGCCGAUGCGGUCGACGAGCGCGAUCUCGAUGCUGAGCGACGGCGAUGCGUCUGUGUUCGGGGAGAGGGAAGCGGUGGCGAAGGGGAAGACAACGGCGGCGGCGGCGGCGGCUUGGAGGAGGGAUGACUCGGCAGCAAAAGUGUCGGAGAGAAGCUUCAAGAUGUUCAUAUAA